CCAGUAAUUGCCGCCAUGCUAAUUCCCUCCCUCCACAUAGGGAGAUGCCACGAAUCCACCUCUCGGACGCUAGUCACUGUAGAUUUUAGCCAGAUCUCUCGCCGGGCAUCCCCUUGAUUCGUUUCAACACGAAUCCAACUCUCGCUAGUCACUGUCUAUUGCAUUGCCCACUUUGUCGUGCUUGCCGUUGGUCCUAUUAUACGCUCAGAACAUGUCUCUCGCGGUACGCGCCAUGGCCCUCCUCGCUAGCGCCACCGCCGCGCUCGCAUGGUAUCCUUGCUAUGACGCUCCACUGACGCUGGCUCAAUUGAUCGGCGAGCCUUGUUGUCCUGAUAAUCUGACUGCUUUUCACUCGUUUGUCCAAGUGCAUAUCGCCAACCACUCUGCAUACGAUGUUUGGAGGAUCGUCGGUAAUUUUGAGGAUCUCUCUUGGCAGGGGACGACCAACAUUACUACCACUGGGAUCAAGAAUGCCCCGAAUAACACUCAUACUCAGAUCACACCCGCUGGCCCAGCCACAGAAGAGCUCAAUAUUUACGUCGGACCAGCUUAUGAUCCCCCUUCACCCACUCAAUCACUCUUCUUCAUGCAAUUCAAAGACAUCACCUUAUCGGCUUUGCUAGACGUCUACUUUAUCCACCUAGAGGAUCUCUUGAUCUCCAGAAAGGAUGGCAAUGGGAGUAUUUUGAGCUGGGAAUCGUCGGGAUGUACAAAUACCACUUCUGGUGCUACAAAGCUCUUUAACGCCCUCCACAGUCACAACCUCAACAAUACGGUCAAUAUCCUCAACGGGGGCACUGCCACUUCGCCAGUGUAAUGAAUGCCAUUAUGCCGUCCGACGUCGAGGGUCAGAAGUAUGUCAAGAGACAGGAGGCGUCUUCCGAGGCUCACUAACGCCCUGUGUACUUCAUUGCCAUGUGGACGCCUUUGUUAAUGUGUCUAGAUUCAAUGAACGCAUGAAAUGGUCAUCAAAAGUGCCACAAAGAGGAUUGAAUGGAUGGAUGACGGAUGCAAUUUUUUCAAUUCAAAAGCGCCACACUAUUCGGCGUUUUAUACCUGAUCCGGCGACAGAGA